CUGGUAAGUCUCGCUUCGCUUCUUCAAUCUCAGCCUCUCUGAGUUUCAUGCCCUCUCCCUGCUUCCUUCUCACAUUGAAUUUACUAGAUCCAAGGUCCCUGUUAAAAGCAUUUAUAAGUUGUAGGGGAAAUGACCCCCCAUUUACUUUUCAGUUGAAACGCACAAGAGAUGUUGGAUAUGAUCCUUCCAAAAUGCUACACAGGUCACCUCAAGUGUUUUCAUUGCCGUUAAUGCACUUAAAGCCCAGUGGUAAGUGACCAUUGUCUUCUGGGAUUCAUCCUUCAAACAUCCACACUUAUCGUUAUCUGAGAAUGUUUACGCUGCAGUCUUUUUCUGGGUUUGAUGGCAACAAUGGUUUUGAUGUUAAAAUCACAGGUGUUGAGUUGAGUACACAUCGCAAAGACACCUCAACGCCGUUUGCGUUUGAAGAGCUUAACUCAAGUAGUCCACUGGGGGCAUCAGCUCAGCUCUCCGGUGUCUCUGGGAAGCUCUUGACAGGCCCACCGUAUGCUUCACCCUGUCCUGCCCUGUUCCCAUCACCUACCACAGUGUCGGCUGGAAAUUCUUUGGCGGUGCUGCCUCUACAGAAUCACGGUGAUCACAUGCUGUGUGGCAUGGAGGAUGACAGCGACGCCACCGCCGAGACGGCCGUCUGUCUGAGUGACGAGUCUGAGGAUGAAGGUAACCCUGUCGAGGAGGGAGAUGAUGAAGGGGACGACGAGGACGACGAGAAAGCAGAGCACCAGAGUUCGGGCCUGUGGGCGCCGCCCAAGGAGGUUGUUUCCACAGACUAUUUAUUCUAACGACGGCCUAAGUGCCCGCCGCGGUUGGCGAACUGCACGCCCUCUGUCCAGACUGUGCCAUAUUCGGCACCAUUAGCGAGGGGAAACCUCACGCGUGUGAGCCCAAGGCUAGGCCGUACUGCUGCAUCGACUGCGGCCGGCGCUACAAGACCGUGCCGGCUAUAGAAAGGCGCCGGCGCGUCUACCAGAGGGACCCCGUCUACCCCUGGAAGUACUGCCUCAAGCCGUGCUGGACCAGAUCCAAAUGACAAAAUAUAGUGUGAUCCGGAGUGUGCCAUUUGAGGAGUUGUCAUCUGUCACUCCACUCCCCCUUGAUUUAUGAUUUUCAUUUAUGAUUUCUCAGGACACCUGAGGGCUAUUCCAGAAAGCUGGAUUAAAAAGCUCAAGGAGGGCCGGUUCUAGGCAUAAGCAACAUACACGGUGGCUUAGAACCUGGACCACUGGUGAAGCCCAGACUGUUAGGGGAGUUGCUUAUACCUUCCAAAAGGCUUGAGUCGCCACUGAGCACGCUAGUUUUCGACUCCAAAAACAUAGCAUAUAGCCUGAUCAGGAACCAUAGAAACGAAUUAUCUUGAACCCAAACUACUAGGUAAAAUGUUUCUUAUCCAGUCCAAGUGAAUGAAACACGGAGCUUAUCCACCAAUCAAAUUUUAUUCCAUCACUAUGGCCUGUCGUCCCAGAAAAUCUCAUUGACAAAAGAGCCUGUAUUAUGCGCCGCGAUUUACAAAUUAUUUGACUCCUUUAGAUUUUAUUUUCCACAGAUAGACAUUUAUCUGGCAAACUCGACCUGUCCAAUGUAACCCAUAUAAACUGUGCUUUUCAUGACAACACCUAUAGCAUAAUCCCAAGGGAACAAAACGAUCCUGGAAGCAGAUAAAAACGAAAUAUAUGGACGCUAUUUUUAGAGAAAGGUUUGUUCAAACCAGGGGCGUCAGUUUGUGUUGAAAAGUGGUGGGGACAAAAGAUCAGAUGAAAAAAACAGCAGGACGGGAAAAAUAUUGAAUAACGGCGCCGCGCAUCAAAAUAGGGCAUAGCGUAGGCCAGUCAAAAACACGAAAAUACUCAGCAUAAAAAAUGACCGUUAUGGUCGCAUAUAUGGGAUUUUUACUUCUGUGCCCGAGAGUACGGUCCCACAUUGUAUUAUGAAUGACGUCGCUUAACUGCCAGAUUCAAACAGUGCUUUCGCACGUGGGCUGGCCAGAGUCGGACGCGCUCAGCGCUGUCAUAUAUCACAGCUAUGCAGUGUUUUCAACCUCAUAAUGUUUAUUUUAGGUUUCAGACAUUUCAAUACACAUAAGCACGAGUAAAAUAAUACAUUUGGAGUUUGUCAAAUACACACUGAUGGCUGUGGAAGCAGCAAUUACAAUCUAUUCAAAUAUAAUUUGCCGAAGUGUUAUUCAUAUCAGACAAACAUAGGUGGAAGUAACUAUUAAGUUUACUCUGUUCUUCUCACAGUUCACCGGCCACUUUCUUGUAUGUAUUUCGGGAGAAACUGAUGAAUUACGUGCUCUAAAUCCGACUGACAGGACAACAUUGCGGCACCCAUCUCACGUUAUAGAUCAAGAUUAUUUAUGAAGGUUUUUAAAAGACCAA